AACUUACUCCCCCCACCAGGCGAGCGCCAACAACUCGACUGCGAGCGGAGCGCGGCUCCUCGGAAUGUGCGGACGUGUGCGCCUCGUCGUCGCAGCCCCCCGGUCCCGCUCCCGCUCCGCGUCCCCGUCGACAUGUCGCUGAUCGCGCCGCUCCGCCGCCGCAGCCGCCGCCUCGGCGACUCGACGGUUGCCGUCGUGGCGGCGGUUUGCGCGGCGGCGCUGCUGCUGUCGAGGAGCUGCGUGUGCGCGCCCCAGGAGCAGGACGACGACGGAGACGACGAGCUGCUGGACAGAGCGCAGCUCCGGGACUUUUACAAAAAGGGCGUCUUCAUCCUGGAGUGUGAGCCGCUGAAGCGCUGCGUCACAGUGGACCGCUCCAACCUGGUGCUGGAGGACUGCGGGCGGCCGACGCGCCGCAUGCUGUGGAAGUGGGUCUCCCAACACCGCCUCUUCAAUGUGGGCACCAGCAUGUGCCUGGGCCUCAACACCUCGGACGCGACGCAGCCCCUCGGCCUGUUCGAGUGCGACACGGCCGCCCCCGCGCUGUGGUGGCGCUGCAGCGGGAAGAUGCUGUACGGGGCGUCCCAGUGGAAGGUGGCCGUGGCCGGCCGUCUGGUGGUGGUGAAAAGAAACUCGUACCACGAGUGGAAAAGGCACAACACCAACGGAGAGGGGCCCUGUUCAUAUCCAUAUGAAGACAUCCACACUUUGUUGGGGAAUGCACACGGCAUGCCCUGCGCUCUGCCCUUCAAAUACAACAACAAGUGGUUCUCCGAGUGCACAAGUGAGGGGCGGGAGGACUAUCUUCAGUGGUGCUCCACCACCACUCGCUAUGAUGAAGCUGAGAAAUGGGGCUUCUGUCCCGUCCAAGAUUCCAGUUGUGAGCAUUUCUGGGAGUCGAACCAGGAGCUGCACGCAUGUUACCAGUUCAACCUGUACACCAUCUUGACCUGGAGCCAGGCGCUGUCGACCUGCCAGGCUCAGGGUGGGAACCUGCUCAGCAUCACCAGCCUGGCGGAGUACAGGUACAUCAGAGAUCGACUGGCGAGUGUCGGCGUGAUGGUGUGGAUCGGGCUGAACCACCUGAAGAACGGUCGGGGCUGGCAGUGGGCUGAUGGAGCACCUCUGUCCCUGGUCAAUUUGACCACAGCUCUGCCUGCCAGCCCGCUACAGGUCAACAGGCAGUGCGGAGUGUACAACUCCGCCUCCGACGGUCGCUGGCAGAGUCUCUCGUGUGAGUCUGCCCUGCCUUACAUUUGUAAGAAAACACCCAACCACACCAGGAGAGCCGAGCCACUGGAGAACUGGCAGUAUAUCCGCACCGAGUGCGCCAAUGGCUGGUGGCCUCACAACGGCUUCUGCUACGCAGUUCUGCCAGAAACGGAGGGGGGAAGCUGGGAGGAAUCUGCCCGGGCCUGUGGCUCCCGGGGGGCGAACCUCACCAGCCUCAGCUCACUGUCUGAGGUGGAAAUGCUGCUGAACCUCCUGGCCAACUUUUCGGAUGACGGUACGGAGGCGUGGAUCGGUCUCUGGAAACGGCCGUCGUCUCCGAGCGUCGAGUGGUCCGAUGGUUCACCAGUCACUCUCACUCUGUGGCACCAGUAUCAACCUCCUCACAACCUGACGGACGCGACGCUCUGUGCCAAAGUAGACGGGAAGAAGGGUAACUGGCUCCUGGCGUCAUGUGAUAAACGACUGCCCGCUGUGUGUAGAAGAGAGAGCCAGAAUCCCGUUCAUCCCCCUGGAACCUGGGACGAGGGUUGUCCUGAGGGCUGGAAGCGACAUGGUCCUUCCUGCUACACGGUGACCAGCCACGAACAGAGCUACGGAGAUGCGCUGAUGGGAUAUUACUGCAAGGCUUCUCUUCUCACGGUGGAAAACAGGUUCGAGCAGGCGUUCGUCAACAGUUUGCUGAGCGAGAGAGGGGCCAACAGCAGCAUGUAUUACUGGAUCAGCCUCACGGACCAGAAGGAGAUGAGAGAAUACAGCUGGCUUCUGCACAACGGCUCCUCACAGCCGGUCACCUUCACAAACUGGAACAAACACCAGCCAGUCAGUGCUGGCGGCUGUGUCGCUAUGUCAGGUGGACCUGCUCUGGGUCACUGGGAGGUGAAAGACUGCAAGUCCUUCAAGGCCUUGUCAGUGUGCAAGCAGAGUGUGAGCAGUUACCACGACCUCCAGCUGCCGGAGCACCACGUCGACGCCCACGCCCCCUGUCCCCCAGGGUGGGAAUCACGGUCGGGACUGCUCGACUGUUUUAAGGUGUUCCACGACGAGAAGGUCCUGAUGAAACGCUCCUGGGUGGAAGCGGACUUCUUCUGCCAGGCCCUCGGGGCUCAGCUGGCCAGUUUCUACCACUAUGAGGAGCAGGUGUUUGUUAAGCAGCUCCUCAGUACCAUGUUUGAAGGAGCACAGGGUCGCUGGUUCUGGGUUGGUUUAAACAAGAGAGACCCUGAAUCCCCCGGAGCCUGGGAGUGGUCCGAUGGAUCCCUUGUGGUGACGUCCUUCAUCGAGGAUAAGAACGAGGAGGACGACAGGAGGGACUGCGCCGUCUACAGCGACCUGACCAACGCCGUCACGCCGCAGCCCUGUGACACCAAACACGAGUGGAUCUGCAAGGUGCCCAGAGGUGAAAAACUGAAAAAACCCUAUUGGUACACUGAGGAGAGCGAGCCCUGGGUGUUUUACCGUGGAGCGGAGUACCUGCUGGCGAAGCAGCCCUUUGACUGGGACGCCGUGUCUCUGGCCUGUCAGAUGAUGGGAGCCUACCUCCUGUCCCUCCACUCCAGGGACGAGCUGCACUUCGUAAAGGACCGACUGCGGCGGCUCUCCCUGGGCCCGACUGACUGGUGGAUCGGCCUGUCCACCGGGCAGCCCGGAGAGGAGGUCAGGUGGAGCGAUAAGACGGCAGUAGACUUUCAGAACUGGGCCAACGGAAACGCCGGCGGUGGCCUGAGGAAGAAUGGGCUGUGUGUCACCAUGUCCUCUUCAACAGGAAAGUGGUCGACGAACAGAUGCGGCGAUCUCCACGGCUACGUGUGCAAGAGGAAAACCGCGUCUGUGGUGGAGACUCCCAGGGAGCCGCACUACAUCGGAGGAUGUCCGGAGAAAUGGCUGUACUUCGGACACAAGUGUCUCCUAUUUCACCUCCCCGACAGUCCGAAGGAGGGAAAGAGUUGGAAAGAUGCCCAGUCCAUCUGCUCCUCGUUCGAAGGCUCGCUGGUCGCUAUAGAAGAUGAGAUUGAACAAGCCUACAUCACCAUGCUGCUGCAGGGCAGCUCUGUGGGCGUGUGGAUCGGUCUUGGUGAUGGCGACAUCAUGAAAUGGACCAAUGGGAGAACAGUCAGCUACACCAACUGGUCUCCGAUUGAACCGAAAAGCUACCUCACUGAUGAUGAGUGGCUCAGUGGAUUCGCCAAAGAGCCAUUGUGCAUUGUUCUGUCCAACAACCACAACUUCCACCUGACGGGAAAGUGGUACGAUGAGAAGUGCAGUGAGACUGGGUACGGCUUUAUUUGUCAAAAACCUCAAGAUACAUCCAAACCCCCCACCCACUCCUAUCACCACCCUCUCCCUGACAAUAUUGAGUACAGGAGCCGCAGCUACAAGGUUGUGUCUGGCAACAUGAGCUGGUACGACGCCAUGCACUUGUGCAUAGAGAAUGAUUCUGACCUAGUGAGCAUUACAGAUGCCUACCACCAGGCUUUCCUUACUGUCCUUGUCAAUAGAUUGGCAGUCCCCCACUGGAUUGGACUGUAUAGCCAAGACACCAUGGAAACACUGAGUGGGUCACGUCUGAGCGGCAUCAAUUACCAGUGGUCAGAUGGCAGUGACACCGUGUACACCCACUGGGACGCGGCCGACGACGACGACGACUCUGUGAUCGGCGAGUGCGUGUACGUGGACGUGAACGGAGGCUGGCGGAGAGCCGACUGCGAAACGCCGCUGCCGGGAGCCCUGUGUCAGGUUUCCACACCGAGCAACAAACCGUUUACCUCACACAAGGUGGUGUGUCCCUCCACGUGGGUGAAAUUCGGAGCUGGCUGUUACAACUUUGAGCCUGUGGUGGAGAAACUUACAUUUGAAGAGUCAAGAGAGCACUGCAGGCAGAAAGUCAACACCUCGGACGUCCUGACCGUUGAGAGCGAGACAGAGAAUCGUUUCGUCCUGGAGCAGCUGUGGUCGUCGGGCCUCCGUCACCAGGCCGUGUGGUUGGGGAUGCACUUCAACAUCGACACGGACUCCAUGGCCUGGGUGGACGGUUCGCCUGUCGACUACACCAACUGGCUCGAUAAAGCCCCGGACCCCGAGCUGCUGACGACAGACGCCUGCGUUACUACCAGCGUGGUCGACGGUGUCUGGCACCUGUCACGGUGCAACGAGCGGCUCGGCUUCGUCUGCAAAAUCCUCACGGGAGAUGUUGCUGAGGUGGAGGUGGAACCACUGAACGGUUCACACCAUGGAGUCAUCGCUGAAGCCGUGCUGGUGGCCGUUCUCUUCUUUGCCCUGCUGGCAGGAGUGAUGUGGUUCGUGUACAAGAGGAACCCCGCGCGCUUCCGCGGGGUCCCGAUGUUCGGCAGAGCUUACUACAGACAGACCGGCUCACAUUCUCUAGAGUCGGACGGAAAUGUGCUGAUGACGGACCUGGAGAGUCACACAGGAGAGUAGCACCUGAGCAGCCGUCUGUCUUUGUUUUCAGUUCUUUUUAAGUCUCCGCCCUCCGUCUCUCUCCAUUUCACCGUCCGGUACGAAUGACACUGUAAAGCUGUGACGCUGGACUCCUCAGGAGAGUGGUGAGGCGAUGACGGUCACGUUUUUUGUUGCUGAGGGAAGUCGAUAGAAGGAUCCCAGUAGCUCUUUCAUUUGUUCUAACGAUUAAAACGAGACGUGAUUGUGACGAUAUUUCUCGUGGCGACACUGAAGACCCCACAUUUCGAAUUUCUUUUGUUCGAAGUAGUGGAGCAACAAAGUUCACAUGAAUGACAAUGUUGAAGAAGGGAUGCUGGGGAGCUUUCGGACUUGUAAAAGGACUGAACACUUGUUUUUAGUUAUGAUCCUGUAGUGUGAGGAUUUCAACAAAAUAAAAUUGGUUAACGGUAUAUAGGACAAUAAUUCGAAAAGGAAAGGAGGAUCUUUUUAAACUAAUAAUAUUCAAACAGGGGAAAGACAAUCUCGGUCAAUUUGUCAGAGUUAAAAAGUAACUUUAAUUGUCAUAAACAACUGGUACAUUGAUUCAGAAUAUAAAUGAUCUAAAUUAUAUUUUUGAUGUAACUUGGUACAUUUCACUAAGAAUCCACGAGAUGUUGGAGUUGUACAAUGUGGUACAGCACUUUUGUCAGUAUUACUUCUUAGUGUUGCUUAUCAGUAUUUUUCAUUUUAUUUAAUUUUUUUCAUAUAUAUACUUGCUGUAUAUGGAUAACAGAGGGUCAUUUUUUGUAUAUUCAAAACUAACAGAAAAUGCGUGAGGCACAACUGAUGGUUAGAUUCUUCAUUGUCUUUUUCGCCGUUGUCUGCGGAUGCAAAUUGUGAGAUGUAUUUUGCACAACUGUCUCUUUGUUUUAAUAAAUUGAAAGUAGGCCAAAUGUA